AUGACGACGAAAGCACACCACGAGAAGCCGAACCUCCGUUGGGAUGCCCUCACACCGACCAUCAUCACAACCACAUUGGCGACUGCUGUGGUGAUAUUAAGACUGAUAGUACGAUGCAAAUUUGUCAAGGCUGUAGGCUUUGAUGAUUUUGUCAUCUUGGUGUCGCUUUUCCUUUCCUGGGUCGUCCUUGGCCUUACCGUGGCCAUGGUCGUGACAGGAUUUGGCAGCUACGCCUGGGUCAACCCUCUCGAUCUACACUCGACGACAGCCAAACUCUUCCUCAGCUGGAAUGUCCUCUACGUCGUCCUCAUCCAUGUCACCAAAGCUUCGAUCUUGACCCAAUACCUUCGCAUUUUCCCCACCCGUACAAUGCGACGACUCACAUGGCUUCUGUUUGCGGCUCUCGUGCCGUCUGUAAUGUGGGGCGUGUUUGCCUCCAUCUUCUUCUGUAAUCCGGUCAGGAAGAUAUGGAGACCGAUGGUGCCUGGAAAGUGCAUCAGUACGAGGACGUAUUGGUUGAGUGUGUCGGCUGUGAACAUCGUGCUGGAUUUUGCUGUGUUGGCGUUGCCUAUGCCAGUCAUCUCGCGCUUGAAGUUGCCGAAGCGGCAGAAGAUUGCUUUGGUGGGCGUCUUCCUGUUGGGUUUCUUUACAUGCGCAGUAUCGGUUGUUAGACUUGUAUUGGUGCACAACGCGUACGCUCGACACGAUUUUACGGCGUCAUCAGCAGAAGCGGUGACGUGGUCAAUGGUCGAAGCCAACGUGGGCAUAAUUUGCGCGUCUAUGCUCGCCUUGAAGCCGCUGAUCGUGUACUUCUUCCCUCAAGCGACCAAAGAACGACAAGCGCCUCGAUGGAGUCUUACACUCAACACAGUUCCCACGACCGAAGCAUCCGAGCCCGAUGCCGAAAAAGGACAGACAGGACAGCAGAGAGAGUCAGUCACAACUGCAAGAUCCAUGUCUAGUACAGACAGACUGGCAAGAAUUACGGAAGAGCUUGAGGGGUCUGAUGAGUUGACGCUGGUUGGUACGCGGCAGAGCUACGUGAAGCCAGAUGUGAAGAGGGAAAGGACCAGGAGUUGGAGCGAACAGACUAUACUCGAUAUGGAGGGGGCGAUAACAAGACCUGAGAUGGUGGCCACGAGUCCGUUGAGAGCACAUAUGGCUGAAGAAGAGUUGAACGAGCAGAUGGCCGCGCUCGACAUCAGGCGUCAGUUGAGUGGUGGGAGGUAUCAUGACCAGUAG